AUGUCAUUAACAUUACCUAUUUAUCUCCACACCUUAGGUUUUGGAAUGACCACACCAGCAACCGUGGCUGGAAAAGUAUUCCUCAUCGUUUAUGGCCUCUUUGGGUGUGCCGGGACGAUCCUUUUCUUCAACCUCUUCUUGGAGCGCAUUAUCUCUCUCCUGGCGUUUAUCAUGAAGGCGUGCCAUGAGAGACAGCUGCGAAGAAGUGGUCUCCUACCUCCCAACUUCCGAAGGGGGCCGGCUAUGUCUGGGGUGGGUAGCCUCGUGGGGUGGAAGCCGUCCGUUUACCACGUGAUGCUGAUUCUGGGAAUUUUUGCUAUUACCCUUUCCUGCUGCGCCUCCGCAAUGUACACAGCGGUGGAAGGAUGGAACUACGUUGACUCCUUGUACUAUUGCUUUGUCACCUUCAGCACCAUUGGGUUUGGAGAUUUGGUAAGCAGCCAAAAUGCUGCCUACCAAAAUCAGGGAUUAUACAGAUUCGGAAACUUCAUAUUUAUAUUAAUGGGGGUAUGUUGCAUAUACUCCCUUUUUAAUGUCAUCUCAAUCGUAAUCAAGCAAGUUUUGAACUGGGUGUUGAAAAAAUUCGAAUGCAGAUGUUGCCCAAAGUGCCAUAAAUCAAGUGCCCGCCUCGGACGUCGGAAUGCCAUCACCCCAGGAGCCCGCCUGCGUCGACAUAACAUCUCAAUGGACGCUGAUGGACAGUAUGACAGCGACACUGAGGGGAGGAGGCUCUCUGGAGAGAUGAUCUCCAUGAGGGAGCUCACGGCGUCGAAUAAAGUCUCCCUGGCCAUUUUGCAAAAGCAGUUGUCUGAGACGGCCAACGGCUACCCAAGAAACGUUUGUAUCAACACGAGACAGAACGGUUUCUCCGCAGGGGUGGGUGCUUUAGCCAUCAUGAACAACCGCUUGGCAGAAACGAGUGAUUCUAGGUAG